AUGGAGCCCAGGAACCUGUUCACAGACAGGGCCUGUUGCAGGCGCCAGAGCCACCUUGUUUACAUCGGCCGAGAUAUUUCAGGAAGUCCAGUUAAUGUGGAUGUGGGCAAAUGCAGAAGCCAUUGCGGGGGACCUAUAAAAGCCUCAUCAUCACAUGACACAGUCACACGUGUUAAUCCUAGGCAUUCCUCAAUGCUGGAUUACCUCAGGAGCAAAAAGGUUAAAUCAAGUGAGGAUGCGUCUCCACAUACUACAGACACCUCCAGCAAAGCUCCCUCGUGCAGAGCAGAUCUAACGUGCGAACCGACCGGCCUGAGAGUGGACAAGGUGAUGCUUUUCGAUGGCCUCCGAGAGGUUGAGAUCAUCGAGGACUGCCACUGCGAGACAAAAGUGACCCAGUGUAUGCGGGUUCCCGCACUUAAGACCUUCAACUUCCAAACACCCUACGAGACUGUCGUGGAUGUGGGGAAGUGUGCAGGCUCCAAGGCUGAACGAGAGGGCUUCUCCUGUGUCCCCACUAAAUUUGACGCUGCGCUGGUGGAGACCCCAAACAAAGUCGAGCUGGUGCAGACGGUAGAGAACUGUGAGAUGAAGGAAGGGUGCUACAGAAUCCCAUACAUUGAGUACCACUACGAGCUGGCCUAUGGCCCCGACGGAGUCAAGAACGAGAAACUCAAGGAAAUUGAUGUGGGCAGGUGUCUGGGGAGCUGUGCCACAGGAAACCGAUGCCUUCUCAGGAGUGCUGCUAAUCCAGAGGACUGUUUGCUGUGGGCAGAAGGUCCAGGGAAUGCAUGUGUUCCUCAAGGUUAUGAGAGCAACACAUUCCUAAACCAGCACGGCCAACUCCGUACUGUUCUAUCCAUAACGUCCUGCUUAUGCCAAUCCUAA